AUGGCGCUUUCGCGAGCAAAUUGCGCGCUCAAAGAAAACGCCUGCACUGCAGGCCACACCAAAGGUAAGUUGUUUAUACCACAGGUGGCCCAAGCGUAAUAUGAGAGUUUGUAUGGGAAGUAACGAGUUUUGGUCAAAUGAUGUAAAAGUACUCAAAUCGCGCUGAAACUUCGUAAAAACAAACACAACGACACGAGGUAACACUAUUUACUCUUUAUUAAUAACUUUUAUCGCUUUUAGUUCAUUUAUUUUAUCUAAGUUUCAACCUCUUUAUUUCCCAUAGAAACUCUCAUAUUACGCUUGGGCCACCUGUGGUUUAUACGUUUUUUAUCAGUGCGUUCCGCUCAUAUUUAAUUUUUCUCAACCUUCAGGCAUAUUUCUCGCUUAGAAACAGCACACUUGCCUCCAGAAAGUAUUCUAAUCGCCUAAAAAUUCAUGCGAAGAAUAUUUUGUUGAGCGAAAACAAAUCAAGUCGACAACUGCCGCGUACUCCAAAUUCCAAAUGUUUGGCGACUAAACAUGUCACGUUUGCACCCACCCAAAUUUUUCCUACCUACAAACCUUGAUGAAAGUUAAUCUUUAAUCGCGUAAAAGGCCUUGGUACUAAUCUAGCACGUGGGACCCCACGUGGUUGAAUUUACCAAACACCGCUGAACACAACGGCGCAUCGGUAAUGCAGCUCAUGGAAUCUUCAUGGAAUCUCUUGUUUUGAUAUUUUUUUCAGUUCAGGGCUAAAUAUUUUUCUUAUAAUGCAAGCCGCAGAGAAGUUAGGAAUUGUGUAUAUCGGAAAGGCCGGUGGCAAGGUAAUCUUCUGUUUAUUUUAAUUGACUUCGUAAUCCUAUCUUGGCAUCUUAAUACAGCGCUCGGCUGGUUCUGAGGAACGCUAUCCCGUUUUUUGCGAGGACGUCUCCCGCGCUAGUACGCUGGAGUAAGGGUGGUCUCCGAACUUUAUAGCACAACAUGCUUUAAAAUAAAAUAAUAGUAAAAAACGCUUUCUAGUCUUCGAAGGUUUGAUUUCGUCUAAGUAACUAAACUUAGUUAGCGAAUGCAUUGCGCGUAUCAUGUAGUUUCUUGUGCCUAAGAUUUUGACUUUGAAGGUUAAGCUUAUAAUCAAGUUGAUCUGCAUACAUCUACAUUGUAUCUUAGCAUAAGCCAAGAGGCCGCGCGAACUGGUUUUGAGAUGUUUGAUAAUAACACGAUAACUCUAAAAUAUCGCAUGUAUUGGCGAGUCCGUUGGGCUUAUUAAACUUUAGUACAGUAUAAAACUUGCGUUUAUAAAUGGUCUAACUUUAAGCUUAUACUAUGAAUGAUUAAAAUUAAGCUGAUAUGUCUUAAUUCAAAAACCACAUGAGGGGUUUUCAGGACUAAUUUAGUAUUUGCAUACCCUGGGAGCAGGGAAAAAAUACAAAAUUAUGUCCUUUUUCUAGGAAGAUCAAGGGCCUCUGCUCCUAGGAUAGAGACAUUUAACUGAUGUGUUUACAUGUGUAAACUGAGUAGGUUAUGUUUGAGUGGAUUUACAGCUUUGCAGGAACCACCCUGCUAGCAAAGCCUUUCUUCCACUCGCUCAGUUUUAGUGUACUCAUGAAAGACUCUGCAUGAAUCAAGUUUUGAACCCAGGCCUAAUAGGCAUGGCUUGGUACAGUGGGCUCAGUUAUGAUCAUCUAUUUAUCAAUAAAUAGAUGCUCAUGUUUGAAAAACCAGUUUGACCAGAAAAACAAACACUGAAUUGUCAAGAAGUUUGGUGACUUCAAAACUUUGACACAAUUCAGGCAGAGCUUCCUUUUCUCCUCCUCAAUUGAGAAGAAGACAAAAGAAGUCUCUGCUCACAAGGAUUUCGGGAACGUGUAAAUCUUGUGAGCUUAGAUGCGUUGAUAAUGUAAUCAUGUGUAGACCACGUAAUCAAUGAAAAUGCAUGACAGUGAUGGUAGCUCACACUGGCUCAGUACAGUAAACUGCAGCUGUAUCCUAUGAUAAUUUAUUAUCAGUGUUAGGAUCAUUGUUUCCACACAGUUUAACCCUUUAAGCCUCAAGAUCCACAUACAAAUUCUCCAGACUGAUCUUCAUACAUUUCUUUAUAGAUUAGAGGAGAGAGUUUGAUAACAGAUCAAAGCAUUUUCUCUUUGGUGAUCAUUUUGUUAAUUCUUUUAACCACUUCUCUUGGCAAUGUAUGGGUAUUGUUAGGAGAAAAUUGAUGUUGGUCACCGUUGGGUGUUAAAGGGUUAACUUACUAGGGUUUUAGUGAACGACCUGAUUUAUGGCACAGUCUACUUCAAGCAUGCCUUUUCUCGGUGUAAUAGGCUGCUCUAGGUGUAUGUGGGGUCUGACAUUUAAUUUAUAAAAGUCCUUAAUAUGAUUUAUAGAAUACUGAAAUAACCAUUAACUCCUUCCAAGAUUUUAGCCAAAAGGGUGUCCAGCCAUACUAUGGAUGUCCAUUUUUGGAAGAAAUACAGGGAAAAUUCACUUAGUCUCUUAUAAUUUAAUGGGAAAACAUGCCUUCUGGACAGCCAGUUUUCAAUGUCUGGCUAAAAGCCAAACUCCUUCAAUGUAGAUGUGUACAAUAUCCUGGAAAGACACUAGCUGUUUUUUUUUUUGCAAAAUGUAUUUGUCGAACAGGCUGCUAUAAAUCAUUGGAAUUAAAACACGUAUAAUAUAUUCAUUCAUUGCAAUCACAUACUUUUCACAAUGAAUUAAAAUAGCAUAUUAUUUGCAACUUUAGAGAUGUUGUUGUGGCUCAUUAUUAAUAAAUUGUUUCGAAGGUACCACAUCAAACUUUUCUGUAAUUCAUUUUGCAGCACAAGUUUUCUCUGCUAGAUGAAAAAGACAUCCAUCUUGUGAAAAGAUUUAGAUUUGAGGUUAGUCCUGGAUAAAAAUUUGUACUGCACUGUGUUAUUGGUGACCUAAGCAUGAAUUGCUGUAUAAAAUGUAGUUAGUACACUGUGUCUUAUUCAAAUAGUGCUUCUGUUGCUUGGAAAUUGUACUUGAACCGUAGCUUAGUGCCCCUAGGUCCCACAUGUCUCCUGCAGCUUUGUAGUAGUAGAGCUUCUAGACUGGUAUCCAGAAUGUCAUAGGUUCCACUCCUGUUGGGAAUACACAUACUUGGAUUUUUCAGUCUUCUUAGCAUAUUGUGUCACUGACUGAAAAAACAUCUUCUUCAUGAAACAAAGUUGUUGUACAGGGCUCCACUGCAUCAGUGGUGUAGUAUGACAUGAACAGUUUUCUUGCAACUGGGCAAGUAACCUGACCAUCUAAAUCCUUUCACUUAUGGCAAGAUUAUCUGUCACUCGCCCUGACUUUUAAAUCUGUGGGUGAAAUCCUGUGGUGUUACCAUUCAAGUGAAACCACUUUGGCAGAACCUUUACAUGGUACUAAUUAUUUCUAAGGAUUUUACAAAAAGAAAAUUAGAAUUUUUGGGGGAUAUUUUUCUUGGCUACUAUUUGGAGUGAGAGGGUUUAACAUCAUCACAAGGUGGAAGGUGGCUAGGUAGUUGGAGGAUAAGGGGGAUGCAUUUCUUCAGUUGGCCUUUACAGUGCGUUACUGCUUCAUUGGUUUUGGGUUUUGACCUCUCUGUCUUUAACAGGUUCAAUUAUUUUAUGUGUCUCUUAUACUAUUCAGGGUCUAACUUUUUGUAACGAAGCAGACAUACAGUUGGUGUAUGAUGUUGCUAAUUGUCUAAAUUUGGAUCUUCCCCUUUCCCAAAUGUACAUUUUAAGUGUUACUUCAUGUUAUUUUGAGGGAUUUUAAUCCUUGAAGGACACUAGGUGUUAUGUCUAUCAGCAGUGGCCAGAAAAUUUGGUUGUCAAUUAGCUAAGACAAAUACUUUAAAAUUUGAUACGCUGACUUGAAACUACAGUAUUUCAAAUUUUUAUCUAUAAGCUUAGUUAGCCUUGGCCAAGCUAAGAGCUGUUUUGUUUUUUGUCAAAUCCUCCUAAAUGUGAUGAUUGUAUUAAAUGACUGAGCUGACUCUUUUGAUAUCAUCAGGCUAAAGUUGAUGUCAACAAAGAUGGUAAUGGAGCUAAUAUUUUUGCUUAUGCAUUUGACCUCUCGCGAGAAGAGACAAGUGGACAUUACUUCCAUGAAUAUAUUUGGUAAGUCAUUUUACCUUUAGUUAUUUCCAUUAAAGAGGGUGUAUAACUUCUCAAUUUUUCAUGAAUAAUGAUAUUGUCAGCAGUGACAAGAAUACCACUCAUGAAUUACAGUGCGACUACUGUAACCGGGGCCACUUAGAUCACUUUGACCAAUCAGAUUACAGGAAAAUAACAGUGCAUUCCAGGAAAGUUAGUUAUAGACCAAUCAGCAGCUUGUAAAGGAACAAGAAGUUACUAGGAGCACAAAAUUUGUCAUUGAAUAUUGAUAGCAAACAUUUUUCAAGAAAGCAAAAUGUCACCCAACAAUGUUUGUGUUAAAAUCUGUUUAAACCCAUCAACAAUAGAUGGGUGUGGGGAAGGUGCCUGAAGAAGUGGAAGGGGGCCGCAAGCGAUCUUAGAAGGUAACCAUGACAACCAUGAGAGCAGCACCCACCAGGCACCGUCACACUGAGAACCUCAGUGGAAAGAGGCGCAGAUACUUACCAAAACAGCAUCCAGAGAGGAGGGAGGAUUGGGGGCAAAAAACAACUGUAACUACUGCACGCAAAAGCAACGUGAGCAAAAUGAUUCACUCCUGCGAAAGCACUGUAAAAUCACUAAGACCCUGCUAAACCCAGUAAAAAUUUCACCAGGUUUACGUAAACUUCAUUAAGACGUUUGGGCCAAACAUAGGAAAAUUGUGCUUUUUACAAGUAAUAUUAAACUUGAAAAUAAAUUUGUAAAAGGUGAAGCAAGAGUGCCUGGCCGGGCGACCAGGAAUUUUUUUUCAGUCGCCCAAAGCUAAAUGUUAGUCGCCUCAGGCGACCGGGGCCAUUAGAGCACAGCCUUGAAAGGGCAAAAAUGUCAUACAUGCAUGACAUCCUGUGCAGGGCUGUCAAAAAGUUUUUAAGUAGCAGGCCAAUAAUGAAUAGUAGGCGGCUCUGGAACUUGCACUAAAGGCACAAGUUCUUGAGGGCCCCGGCACCUAGGGAUAUUUUGAGAAUUAGAGCAUCGAAAAUGGUGUUUCCAGAGGUUUUCAAGUGGUAUUCCACUGCGGAUGCCAGGUUGUGUCAUCAGAAUACACGCAAGACUCGGAACAAUGCCGUUGAAAUGUCCCAGGCUUUCAAAGACAUUGCACAGUUCGAACGUUUUACAUAUCUAAACCUGUUAGAAUAUGUGUUCAAUGUCAUUCAAAUCUGAGAAACAGAUGCUUUAUUAUUUUAUUCGAUAGUGCUUAUUUUUUGUCAGCAGUUAUGGUAGAAGGAGAUGAAAGUAGCCGGCUAAAGAGGGUUGACUAGCCAGCGAUUUUGGCCGACUAUCGGCCCUUAUUGACAGCCCUCCUGUUGCAACCUUUUGUUGAUGCUUCCAACCCACAAUGUACAUGUAUUAUGCCCGGAGCCCAUAACGUGACACAUGCAACUCCCAUACUUACGCUGUAGCCUAUGGUACAUGACACGGCAUGGUGUUUUCACAGAUCAGUAUUUUUUCAGUGUCGUUUAUUUAUCAUUUUUAACUCGUGGGUACGCGCGAGCGUACCACGAGUUAUUGCAGGGACAGGAAUAUGCAAAUGAGUCACUCGCUCACUCGUAGUAGACGAAUUUGUAAUAAAUCGGGUCCGAACUCGAGAGUGCGAAGAUCUAUCGUUUCCAAAGAAGCACGCGCUCGCCGAAGUUCGGUGACAUCAAAUUCCUCGCUGAGAGCGUGCAUCGUGCGCUACCGCACGGUAAGAGGAUAGAGGUCUUACCAAGUUUAAGACACGCAGGAAUCUUUCAGAUUAGUACGAUUCAAGAGCCUUUGACUCGUCCAGGCGUUAAACUUGACGAGAAGAUGAGCAUUUGCUCUUGGACUCCUUCAACUUCGACGCUGGCUUGAUCUCCUACCUUGUAGUAAUGUAGUAGGUUACAUGUAUGAAUGAAUGUAUGGUAAAUAAAGGCACUUCUUCUUCUUCUUCUUUAUAAGGACUCCCCAAGAUCACCGGGGGAAAUGGAUGUGAUUUUGAGCAUGAGCUUUAAAAUAACAGCGGAAAUCGAGAUAAGAAAACAUAAGCUUAUGUUUUGCGUCCUACUUCGCGGAGGAGUUGUGUCAGCUUUGUAUUGCAUAUGUUCUUUCAUUUUGCCAUGAAAUGUGUUUACAUUGUUUUUUUACUGUCAGUAGCCUGGUUUCAAUUAGCCUUAAUUUCAUCCGAUUGCUUUGAGUCGUUUUUUCAAUCGGUUAAGUAUGGCUCGAUCGUUUGCCGGCGGAAGUUCCAUGGAAAAGGCAUUAAAUAUGAGACUUUUCACAAGUUCUUGUGAUCAUCCUUAAUGGCGUAGUGGCUAUGUGAGGUCGGGUCAACUCGAAGGUACCGGGUUCAAAUUCUGCUAAGGACCUUCUUUUUCCCAUCUUCCUUUUUUUUUCCUUUUUGUUUUGUUUUGUUUGCUUAUUUGUUUUGCUGUUUUUUUUUGUUUUUUUUUUUUUUAAAUAUAUACCUAAAUAACUGUCAAUAAAGUGCAAUAAACAGCAAGAAAAGUAUUGUGUUUCCAGAACAAGGAUAGUAUAUUUAUAAUCUGAAUUUCUAUCAUUUCCUAAAAUUUACUGUGGGAAAACCAGAGGUGAUAUCUAAUUGAUUAUUUUCUAAACAACGUACCCACGAGUUGACGAUAGUCUUUCUUUGAUUUAUUGGUGUUAUUUAUUCACACACUUUUUCACAAAAAUAUGGGAUGGUUUUGUCCGCCUGUUGGAAAAGCUAAUCAGGGUACAUGGGUGGAGAUUUCUGGGUUACAGCAGUCAUUAGUGAAGAAUAUUAUACUUACUCAUCUUUUUUAUACAAACAAUGGAAUUUUUGACCUGGCAAUAACGAAAAGGGAAGCACUGCUUUAUUUUAUCAUAUGAAGUAUAAUUAUGAAAAAAAGAAAGAAAAUGCCCUUUAAGAACCAGAAUUACUAUUUUGUGAUCUUGAGUUAUUGCUGAUCGGAAUUUGUGGGAAAAUAGAUCUAAAAAUGACUUUGUGUUAGCCUGUGUUAGUGCAUUAUGUAGGUCACUAUAAAACAUUAUAAACCUUUUGAAGUAUACAGAUGAAAUCAUGGCAUGCAAAGCCAACUACUCACAGAAAUCACUGUGGUAGUUCUCUUUAGCGGCUGUCAAAGUAAUUUUAAUGUUGAGGUUAACGUCCCUGCAAUGGACUGUCUUCCCAUAAAGGGGAAAUCCUGGGGGAUGGAUACUUAACAGAGUUUUGCAGGAGAGGCUCCAGUAUGUUGAGCCACUUGGUUUGAAUUUAGAUUUUACCUUUUUAACUUUCGAAAAUGUUACCUUUAAUUAUUCUAGAUAUUGAUUAUUUUUAAGUGACUAAACCAAUGUGUUGUUCCGUUUGUCAGGGAAAGACAUUGUGGUGGAGUAGCUCCUGGUUUUAGAGUUUGUCACAAGAAUGGUGUUACAGUGGGUAAGUAUAAAAAACAUACAAAAAUUACCUUGUGAGAAUUAAUUACUUAAUUUUUUUCACACAUAGAGUUACUGUAGGUUUUCGAGAAAAUAACAUACUCCAUACAAAAACAACAACAACAACAACAACAACAACAACUGUACAACAACAUUUAUAAAUUUACAUGUUUUGAUAGCCAUAGACAUGGACAUAGUUUAUUUUGCCACAAGGAGGACAGGAGUUACUACUUGUUAAAAUGCUCUUGUGAAAAAAUACAAAAGAAAUAAUUAUGUUGUUAAAAGGAAUAAUUUAAAAUAUUUACAAACUGUCAGAAUUAUUUUUUACACAUAAAAAAUUUCAAUUAUUAUUCAUUGUGUAAAAGGAUCUAAAAAUAAUUAUAUAAAAUACAUUAGUAACAAUUAAAAAUUAUUGACACAAUUAAGGGUGUAGCAAAGUGGCCAUAAUGCAUGAUAAAAAAUAAAAAGUUGAUUCUAAAAAUAAAGCAAAAUAUCUAAAGAUAAUUAUUUUAAGAGCACAUUUUGCCUCUGUCAAUUCAUUCAACUCUGGUUGUUUCUUUGAAAUAUAUAUAUUUUUCUGAAACGAUGGACAUACCCAUUGUCUGCCACUGGGGGCAUUUUGAGGGUGAUGUCUGUGUUUUGGUAUCUAUCCUAAUCAACAGGUUGCUAUUAACAUGCAUGGCAUGUGGUAUACACUUUAUGUACCCAACUUCGUUUGGACUUUAAUACACGUAGUACAUGUCCUUUUUUUUACAUGUUAUUUUUCAGAUAACCGAUUGAAUAAUUUGUGUAUAGUGCCUUCUGCAAAUGAAAAUUCCAAUGUACAGUUAAAGUGUUCUGAAAGGUUUGAUCUUUGUUUAUUUUAUUAUCUUCUGUAUUUCAUCUCCUCUUGGAUUGGUUGACAGUGCUAGUGCCAUGGGUCUAGUCAGCAUCAAAUAACAUACAAGGGUUUUUUUUCCUUCCAGAAAUAACAACUGUGGAAGUGAACCAAGAGAAGACCAAAGGCUUUAUUGGAUGGCUGUGUCCAGAUUGCCACCAUUUGAUGCAGAACAUGAGGUAUUUCUUACAACAUUUUUUAAACGGUUUUCCCAUGGGCAUUUAAAGUGUUUCCAGCUUACCAUCGGAUUUAUUAUCUUCCCCAGCCCUCCCCCAAUGAAACCUGAUUCUGGGCACUGAUGGGGAAAAUAGCUAAGAAAAAAAAGAGGGGUGACAAAAUAAUUUGUCAUGUGGCUAAAUGUAAUUUAGGCAAGGUUAAACACGAGACAAUGCUGCUGGCCACAGGUCUCCACCACUAAUCGUAUUUUGGGCAGUCUUGGUCUUAUAUUAUUCGCAGGGCUUUAGUAAUUUUACAGCACUUUCACAGAAGUCAAUCAUUUUUCUUGCGUUGCCUUCGUGUGCAGUAGCUUUAUCCUUUUUGGUUGUAUGUCUUAGUUGGUAAGUAUUUGCACAUUUCUCCACUGAGGUUCUCAGUGUGAUGUUGCCUGAUUGGUGCCACUCAUAAGGUUGUCAUGGUUACCUUCUUGGCUUGCUUGUGGCUCCCCUCAGUUUCACCAGGCACCUUCCUUACAGUGACCCAUCAAUAAAUUUUUUAUUGUUGAUGGGUUUAAACUAGUAUGAUGCAGACCCACAGCAUGCACUUUCUCUGGUAGAGUUUUUCAAGUUAUUCUUGUUUGCUGUAGAAAAAAGUUUAGUACUACAGAGUGAGUUUGUUUGCAGAUAUGCUAAAUGAGCCAAUUUUGAACAAAGAAAAAAAGACAGCAAGCUUGACUUUUAAUUUUUUUGGCUUCUUUCUUCUAAAACUAUCUGUUCCUUUUUUCUUUGCUUCCUCAUUUUUUCCCUUUUUUCUGGACUUAAGUAACAGUUUGUUCUUGUAGGUAAUUUUAGCAAAUGUUACGAUCCUAAUGUCUCUUUUUUGCCACUAAGUGAAAGCCCUUCACCUGAUGUUGUAUUGUUUUUUUGUGUGUGUGUUUUAUUUGAACAGAAUUACAUGAGCUUAAACUACAAAUAUUAUAAUGCAAAUGGAGAGCAAGUAACAGAAGAAGGUGGGGGAGGAGCCUUUUGCUACUAAUUUAGAAGUUUUUGUAAAAUCCAGUGGUAUAUAUUCCAACAUUAUAAUAUUCUGGUCAAUCUUGUGAUUCUGAUGACUGGUUUCCAUAAUUUUAUUAUUGCUAAGAUUGCUGGAAAAAAGUUAUGUGAUCACAGUAAUUUUGUGAAAAACAUUUCUUUGUGUCAAAGAAAACAUGCUUAGAUGACUGAUCAGAAGUCUUGGAAACUAGAUAUCAUUUACUUACAUGUAAAAAAUUGUCAUAAUCCUUUAUGUUUGUCAUUUUAUUCUCCCCUUUUCAGAUGAUUCACUGUCAUUUUAUGAAUGUCAUUAUCCACCAUGUUGCAAAAUUGAAACUGAGGUAACUAUAGUGAAGCUCCAUUUUAGUCAGUCAUACUGUCUCUCUGAACAUACAUGAUUAUAAUUAUGUACUCAUCUUUAGUCAGGACACAUGAGUUCAUGGCACACACUUAUUCAUGAAGCCCAGGCUAGAUUGUGAUUUACCUUGAUAAGCACCUGCACACAUUCAUUGUCUUCUUGUUAGAGGGUCCUCUAUUCCCCUGUGCAAAAUCCUUCAACAAAAUGUGUGUAAUAAUAUUGACACUUUUCAUGUGUCACAAAUAAUUCCCUACAAUUUGUUCAGGUUCACACAGAAAUCAGGUACCAGUAGUUCGCGUUUCACAGAAAAUUGAAUAAUAAAUUCACAGGUUAGUGUUUCCUGUUGAUUAACCCUUUCACUGGCAGAGUGCUUGAUGGAGUUUUGUAAGGUGACUCUAACUUUUGAGUCUGCAGACAAGUUCAAGUUCAUUUAUUCACACUUAUUCAAUUACAAUACAAACACGCGUUUAACUCUCCACCCACUAUCUUGGUCGCACAUGAUCCAGUAAAAACAAAAUAAGGCAAGUUUACAUACCACAAAUUGUCUGCCUGCCAAAGAAAAAGUUAAUUUACAUGUCUCACAAAAAAUGUAGCCCCAAUGAUGCUCAACAAUAAAAGUAUGGGGGACCAUGUUGUUUAUAUAUGAAUUCUUGAUGGUAUUUGUUUGUAGCUUCGGGAGUUCAGCAUUUGUGGACAAUGUCAACAGGUGCGAUACUGUGGUCCCCUUUGCCAAGAGGUGAGUGAAAAAAAAAGAAAAAUAAACCUAUUUUAUUGUAAGCUUUAAUGUAUUCCCACAGGAAGUCACUUUUACACCAGCUCAGAGCCCUGCAGAACAAAAUGUUCUGCAGAAUUUUAUUUUUUGCCAGCCAAAAUUCUUAAAACUGUUGGAAUUAUCUUAGUUAGUGAGAGGAUAUAAUAAAAAUUGAUGGUAUUGGCAAUCACAUACAUGUAACAAAAAUAAAAAUUACUUUGUGAAGUAACGUUUGUCCUAUGUUGUUUCCUUUUUUCAAUUUUACUUCUAACUUAGAUGCCAUUUAUGUUCUCUGAUAAUUUAUCUAGUAUGUUGUAGUAUAACCUAUUUUGUGUAAAAGGAGUCAAUCUGACUUCAAAGGGAAGGAGGAAGAGAAAUUUGUGAAUGUAGCUGUUGGCCAUGAUAAUUUAAAACAAAAAGGAUGAUAAUUUUGGCAAAAUUGACUUUAAAUGUGCACAUUGUGCAAAGUUGAGGGGACUAUGAUAAUUAAAAAAAAUUCCAGAAAAUUUAAAUCAUUACAUCCUUUCAUCGUUAGUUUCUCUCUCCAUCUUUUGAAAAAAUUUCAUCCUGUAAAAAACUGUGUUACUGACACUCAAACAGUUUUUACUGAAUACAUUCAUAACGUUAUUUGUGGGACCCUUUACAUUAAUUUUGUACAGUUGUGUUGCAGAGAAUAAGGAAUUUUACUUGAGCACAGUGUUAGCAACAUAAUAUAGUUGCCCUGUUCUGUCACAUUAUUAUUUUGUUUUAAUGAAUAAUAACAAGAGACUAUAAAGGGGACAGAGAGGCCAUCCCCCAUAUACACCCUAUUCCAUAGGUAAUUCGUCUCGAGUUAUUUUUAGAAUUGGGAUUAAGUUACCUCGCGCGAGGCGUGGAUGUUUCGUGGAGGUUUCGCAUGACCAAACGCCGUGCAAAACAUGUCGGGCAAGAGGCAAUGAAAGCAUAAAAAGAUCGAGAGCAUUCCUGAAUAUUGAAGCGAAAUGAGUCGGCGCUCACCUGGGAAAAAGGAAUCGCUGGACUCUUUGACAACCCGUGAAAUCAGUUUAACUCGAAGUUGUCGUAACCUCAGUGCUUUAAUAAAAUGAGAAAUUUCGCCGGUCUAUUGAAACCGGUCGUUUGUACAAUUUAGGGAGUUUAAGAUCCAACGACGCGGACGACAACUAGAACGUCAAAAAAACAAUAGGUUUAAUUAGCAAAACAACAACUUCGCACGUGCAACACACUUUUUUGUUCAUUUCUUUCCCGUUUUUGCACGACUACGACGUGAAAAUGCCUAAUUUCGCGUUUUAUGGAGGACGUAAAUAAGCAACGACGAAAUUUUAUUUCUCUUUCUGAGCUUGAAUAUGGUCCCUUGAAAUUCAGCUUUAGGAGGGUUCGCCUACAAUUGACAAAGUAAGUGGGCAGGAAUAAUCGCUAUAAAGACUGAAAAAAAAAUAAACAUCAAACCAGAAAUUGCUCUCUUCAAACUGUAAAUUAUAAAUGAUCCUGAGAGAAUAUUCAGUGUGUUAAGGAUUUCCCUGCUCUACUGUUAGCUCUAUACAAGAGAGGAAGGGCGAUUCUUUUUUAAUUUCGGUUUCGCUGACACAGCUUUCGCAGAAAUCUCGCUGUAGUCGUUUUCGUCGACAAAAGGAAUAGCAAAAUCGCUCUCCACGUCUUCCCCCAUUUUGUUCCGCGUCAAUUCGUGGAGGACGCGUGGCUCUAGAGUGGGUCGUCCACGCGGAAUACAUUCACGCUAUGUGAUUGGCUGUUGUCCAAUCCCCCUUGGGUUCUGUGAUUCUAAAAAUAACUCGAGACGAAUUACCUAUGGAAUAGGGUGUAUAUGGGGGAUGGCCUCUCUGUCCCCUUUAUAGUCUCUUGAUAAUAAUUAUUCAUGUAUUCAUAAAUAAUAAUAAUAAAUUAUUAUUUUAGCCCAAUGGCUUAUUUAACCUGGUUUUCCCAAUUACAUUUUUCAGAGAGAUUGGCCAUUGCAUAAGAAGUACUGCAAAGAAAAAGCAAAACAACGGAUUAGUUAUGAGCUUACUCCAGAACGUUAGGCAUCAAAAACCUUACCCUGCGAGCAGAGGCUACAUUUUCGCUUUGUCAGCUGUUGUGGGAAAAGUAGCCUUUUCUGACAACCAUUCAAUUUUCUAUCAUGCAUGCGUGAAAUUUGUCACACGAUUCGCAAGCAAAAUUAAUCGUCAGGUCUGUCGUCAAUUGGCGCGAGUUUCGUGGGAAUACAAAAAUUGCGACAAGAACUCUGAUCUGCUACACAAGACAAACGCAAGACUCACGCAAUGCUCUAAACUGGUCAAGAACAGGAAAAAACCUGUUUGUUUAAUAUAUUCGUCCAGAUUUUUGGACAGAUUUGAACGGUUGUCAGCAGAGGCUACUUUUCGCAUGCCAGCUCACACAGCGAAAAUGUAGCCUCUGCUCACAGGGUACAAAAACCUACAACCAUUAUGUGAUAAUAAAAUAAUUAUUCUUGUACAGAAGAGAGUGAAAAAACUGUUAUAUUUAGGACAUAAUUAUUGUUAUUAUAGUCACAUUUUAGAUUUUUCAGACUUGUUCCCUUAGUUACUGGUAUUUCUUUCAUAACUGAAAAAGUACAUGACUUUAUUAAUGGCCUUGAAAAAGUAGGGUUUUUUGUAAAUUAAAUAGAUAGAGUUUCCUCUUGGUUGUAUAUUAAGAUUUAUUUAAAGUAACUGUUUAUUUACAAGUUUUAUUAUUUUUUUCUGACCACAUUCAUGUUACAGAAUUGCCAUGACCUGUAUUCUUAAAAUAACCAAGGGUGGAUUUAGGGUUGGGGCCCUGGCCCCCCAACCCCCUUUAUAGCACAUUACAUGUUAAAUAUGGAAUCCAGGCAUUUGCUAAAUUUAACAGUCCAGAAUGCACGAGAUUGCGUCUCACUCAGAGAAUUUCAAUCUCAAAAAUCUUCCUGGAGGAGCAUGUCCCUGAAACUCCCAAGAAAAGUGCGCCGUCCGCAGUCCUGAUGGGCACUAUUGCGCCCAUAUUGUGACUGUAUACUAUAUCUCUAGGCCCCUUCUAUCACAACAUCCUCCAUCUGCCCCUGAUAACACUGGUCUACUGGUUGUCAGGAAAUGUAUCUUCCAGAUUUUGCAGUGGAUACAUACAUGUUUGUAACCAAUUUGAAACAGAAGAAACCAUGAUCAAGGCUUCAUUGUAACAAACUGUUUAUUUUUGCCUGUGAGUAACCUCCCCUUUCAUGCAUAUUAAUAAUAUUAUAAAAGUUAUGCUGGAUGUGCUGUCAAAUAGUGAUAAAAAAUGAGAACAUGCAAAUUUAAGAAGUGAUAACUUGUUGUAAUAUUGUACCUGAUUAAAACACGGCUGAAUUUGCAUUAAUUUCAUUUUUCUUGGACUUUGAAAUCCUAAACUGACAGAGCGGCUGGUUUAAAAUUAGUAGUCACCAGCAUAUGCACAAGUGUGAGCAUAAAGGUUUGAUAAUUCCACUGUUGCAAAGUAUUGUUCUAAAUUUAAAAUAUGUGCAUAUGCACAUAUUUUUAUCCACAUACGAUACGCAGUCACAUAAAAAUUACAGGACAGUGGAAAUCCACCCUAUUUUACACACAAGGGACCAACACGUAAACUAGUAAAAAGUUGAAACCUUGAACUCUCAUAUCUUUGCUUUGUCCAAUGCUGGUGAAUAGUCAUUUUUGCAAAAGUACCAUAUUUGGGAUGAGAAGAAAAGAUACCAGUAACUCAUUAACCAAACUUGGUGAAGGACUUGAAGCAAUUUUACUCCACAUUCAAGACACUCCAAAAAUGGGAGCUUAUGCAACAACGACAGUGACGGCUACAAAAACGUCACUUAAAAAGCGAAUUCUCACUGCUUCAAACUUUAACGCGCUCACUAUCUCGUUCAGUGCGUCAAAUUUCAGCAAGUUAUUUUUUCUUGGGUUGAAUUCUUAAGAGUGUACCAAAGUUCAGGAAAAGAAAAAAAAAGUUGUUUUCUUGUGUUGUUUCCCCCUCCACAAAAUGUGGAAUUAGGCACUUUCACAUCGUAGUUGUGCACUGAUGGCAAAGAAAUGUACAAAAAAGUGUAAUGCACAUGUAAGUUGUUGAUAAACCUGCUUUUUUGAAGCUGCAGCAAGGGUUUCCAAAAUCGUACUUAGAAAAAUGAAUAUUCACAAGCAUUGAAAUUAUAUGCCUUCAACCCAAUAUGAGUUUCUGAUUGUACUUUUGCUGCCUUGCAUUAUCCUGGAUAAAAUGUGUAGUCCAACCAUUCAAGUCACAAACAGAACAUUUUUUUUCCUUUUCUGUACUUUCAGUCAAUGCAAAAGUUCUUAGAUAGUUUAUAAGCUAGAAGUCCAUAUCUAGACAGUAUAAAUAGUACCAUAAUCUUUGAAUCUUGAUAAUUAUUUUGAGUUCUUCUCAAAACUGAAAAGACAAGGGCAGUAAGAAUUACAUUAUUAAUUCUCCUACUAAGUCAUAAUACAGCAUAACUACUAAGAUUUGACCAGAAAAGGUUAAACCCUCCAUGAUAUAUUGUCCUCUGUUAUCCAGUAACUUUUGUUAAUCGAGUCAAAUCUCUUCUUAGAGAAUGGCUACCUCAUGUCUCAACAACAGCCCAUUAAUUUUUUGCCCUGAAGACAUUUUACUUUCAUGUUAACCUCAAAGCAAAUGGUUCUACUUAGCUCUUUCCCUGAGGCUGUCUUGGAGAGGUUUGACCUUCUGGAAUUUAAUUUUAUACAUGAAAAAAGGACACUUGUUUCUAUUACAGCUGUUAUAAUAAUAAUCUAAAUUAAAUUUUGUUGUGAAAUAUGCAAUAUAUUAUAGCAGUAGUGGCAGAGUCUAGUUUGCUGAAUAAAGUUACUGGCUAGACACUUUGAACAAGAGAAGCACAUGUUCGUAGUAAAUAUAUAAAGGGCCGUUACCUGGAAUUAAGCCUCCAGUGACUUCUUGAUUCUACUUCCAGAGAAUUUGAUAUUUAAUGUAGUAGUCAUGUGGCAUCUUUUUCAAGCCACACCUGUUCAGUUGCACCAUUUGAGUUACAGUCAAUUAACUCUCUCACAGUGAACAAUUCCUUGUUAAUAACACAGGAUGAGUUUUGAUUUGACUUCUACAUCUGUAUUGUCUGUAAGAGUACAUUUGUUGUACGGUAGUCAAUUUUUUAUCUCAGGCAAUUUUUGUUUUUCUAAUUUGUUUUUGGGUAUCAUGUAUAUGUAUUCUAAUAUUAAAAGUUGAAACAAAGGAAAUGUAACACUUACCUGAGAUAAAAAAUUAACUACAACAUAUACAAGGAAAUAACUUUGUGAAAAUUAAUGGACUUUAACUGUAAGUGGAGUUGCAGAGAUCAGCCUUUUCCAUAACAUUGCUACAGCCAGUAUACCACAAACUCUGAAAUUCAUGGUCAACCUGCUUCUUUUUUGCAGGCGAACAAAAGUGUCUCUCAAGUUUUCGCUGCACCAAAUUAAAACUGCUAUAUCAAAUAAUUGAUUCACUAGAUGCCACUCUUUUGCCGUACUUAACUCAUCAGUUAGGGUUUGGCACAUGUUUUUAUAUUUUUAUACGUUUCAAAGCAUGUUGCAUCACUUGUCAUCUGGAAGCUUGAAUAAUUAAGCUUUAAACUCCAGUGGUAAAAUAAGCUUUUUCAUUAGUUUCUAUUGCAUCUCAAUGGCCUUUGGUCAUUGAAUGCAGAUUGAAUAACCGAUUGUAUAAUAAGACUGUAAACUUUUCGCGUUGAGAGUUGUUGUCACUCAUUACUGUUUUCAUUGUAUCUUUGCCUGCUGCUCUCUCUCCUUGCUCCUCACAAUUUAAAGACUGAUUGUAGCUAAGCAACUGUAAAUAAAAUCGUUGAAUUAAAUAUGAGUCUUGUUUACUGUGUUGUUCAAUUCCAUGUUCAUGAUGCACCGUGAUUCCUUUUGUUGACACUGGAACUAAAAGGGCUUUCUGUGAUUCACGCACACACCUAUGAAAGUGGUUCUCAUCGAUCACAUCUCUAAGGUAACUGCAUAAAUUAUGUUCACCAGCACUUCCUAACCAUCAGUUACUGCUAGUUACAUAGACACUUGGAAAUAACACUCAAGCAAGUCAUUCAUUGAACUGAUGGCCCUGAAUCCCAUUGGGAUUGGGAUGCUCAGAAUCUGAGUUGAGUAAUAUUAGUGAGGUGAGGCUUUACUCCCCUCAUGUUAUUACUCUUGCCUCACCCUCCUUCCCUCCUGAGUCCUCAGCUUUUGGGCCAAGGGAAUGGUUGCUCUUCAGACUAGAGCUGUUUUAACAACACAAGCAGGACAGUUUCUUGAAAAGGAAAAUUGGACUAGUCAUUGAA